AGAAGACAAAGGUCCAGAUUCAUUGCAGAAAGGUAACCGUGCUGUUCUUCCAUUGCCUGCGACUCACAGUAGGAUUCUCGAACUUGGAAACCGAAGGUCACCAUGUUCUUCUCCGGAAUCCUGGGCUUUAUGUCGGCCACCGAAUUCCUCCUCGCCGCUUCUGUUUUCGGCCUGAUGGUCGUGCUCAUGAAAUCCUACUGGAAGCAGCAGAUACCCCAGGGACUGAAGGAGCUCCCCGGGCCGGUCGGCUAUCCGUUGAUCGGCAGCAUGCUGGAAGUGGGCAAGAACCCCCACCUCAGCCUGACGGAGAUGAGCAAGAGAUACGGGGACGUGAUGAAGGUGUACAUCGGCAGGACCCCCGUGCUGGUGCUGAGCGGGCUUGAGACCAUCAAGGAGGCUUUGAUAAGGCAAGGGGGAGACUUCAUGGGGCGUCCAGACCUGUACUCGAUGAGGCACAUUGGGGAUGGCGAGAGCAUGGCUUUCAGCCCCGAUUCUGGGGAGGUCUGGCUGGCUCGCAGAAAACUGGUUCAGAGCGCUUUGAGGAAUUUCGCCUCCGCCCCUAGCCCGGAUUCCUCGUCCUCCAGCUUGCUGGAGGAACACGUCUCCGAAGAGGUGGAACGCCUGUCCGCCAAGCUGCAACAGGUGAUGCGGGAGCGGCAGAGGUUCGAACCCUUCCGGUACCUGGUGGUCUCCGUGGCCAACGUGAUCUCCGCCAUCUGUUUCGGCAAGCGCUAUGGCCACGAGGACCAGGGCCUGCUCAGCAUCGUGAACGAAAGUGAACGGUUCGACGAGUUCGCCUCCUCCGGGAACCCGGUCGAUUUCAUCCCCCUGCUCCAGCGUUUGAGGAGCAGGAGCAUGAAGCAGUUUAAGGAAUUCAACCAGCAGUUCCUCGUUUUCCUGCAGAAUAUCGUCAAACAGCAUUAUGAGAGUUUCAGUAAGGACAACAUCCGUGACAUCACCUACUCUCUCAUCGAUCUCAGCCAAGAAAAGGACAAAAAUACGAAGAUUCGGGUCCCCACUGGAAAAAUCGUGAACCUUGUCAACGAUAUUUUCGGCGCCGGUUUCGACACAGUGACCACAGCCUUAUCUUGGAGUCUCACGUACCUUGUAGUUUAUCCUGAAAUUCAGAAGAAAAUCCAGGAAGAAAUAGAUGAGAACAUUGGAAGCGAGAGGAAGCCAAGACUUUCUGACCGGUCCCUGCUGCCUUAUACAGAAGCCUUUAUCCAGGAAGUCUUCCGACAUUCUUCCUUUUUACCUUUCACAAUUCCCCACUGCACCACCAGAGACACCGUCUUGAAUGGUUACUAUAUCCCGAAGGAUAUGUGCGUGUUUGUCAACCAGUGGCAAGUGAACCGGGAUGAGAGUCUUUGGAAGGAUCCUUCCGCCUUCAGACCAGAACGCUUCCUUACCGCCAACGGCAAGGAACUCAACAAGGACGCGUGCGAGAAGGUCUUGGUGUUUGGUUUGGGCAAGCGAAGAUGCGUCGGGGAGACGAUCGCCCGAGGGGAGGUCUUCCUGUUCUUGACCUCUUUGCUGCAAGAACUGCGCUUCGCAGUCGAGGGCGGAGUCAAAGUGGACAUGACGCCUCGCUACGGGCUGACCAUGAAGCUCAAAAGAUGCGAACACUUCCAAGUGACCAGGCGUUCUCCGAAGAGGCCGGCCGAGUGAACCGAGAAACGUUUUCACACUGUGCUAAGCUUUCUUUUUCUCACGUGCGGAAUAAUGCACUUUCGAUCCACUCUCCACAAUUGUUUGCAAGUGGAUUU